ACAGGCUGUGAUGUCACCACUGACACCACAUGGUAGCCUAUGCGUUUCCUACUGACAUCUGAGCUUCCUCGAUUGUCCAAGCUUCGUUAGAAUGGAAGAUCAGAUGCAACCCCCAUCAUAUGAGGAGGCCAGUCUCCAACCUCACAAUCACGUUCUCCCUCCCCCAUCCUACGACACCUCCCUCAACUCCCCCACAUCACCUCCUCCCUCCUACCUAGAAUCAGUUACAAUUCAGCCAGAUCCUUUUCCUGUCCUGACUCCACCCAGGGUGCCAACUGCUGUGACAUCACCUUCACAAAACACUGGAAUCAUAAUCCAUCCAAUUACACAAAUUGGUGUCAGCUGCAUACAAACUCCGACAGUUGUGACCCAGCCUCAGCCGCAGCCUGUUCCUAUCUCAGUGACACAUCUGAGGGACAUUCCCGGUUUGGUGCGCUGCCCACACUGCCAACAUGUUGUCAGGACUAAAGUCACAUACAUGCCUGGGGGGGCGGCUUGGUGCCUGUGUAUACUUCUCAUCUUGGUGGGGUUGUUCUGCGGUUUCUGUCUGAUCCCGCUCAUGAUACGUGGCCUACAAGAUGCACAUCAUUCCUGCCCACAGUGCAACAUCCAUCUGCACACACACAGAAGUUGACACUGUCAGUAUUAAUAAGUCUCCUCCUGUUCUCUUGUUCAGUUUUUUUCACAAUAUGGAUGAGUAAACUGUUUUAUAAACUAGGACUGUAAACUGUUAAAGUUACACAGUGUGUAUAGGUAAUAAUGUGUGUGAUGAGUGUGUGAUCUCAGGUUUAUGCACUAUAUACUGAACAUAGAGAUGGAAAGAGGAGUGGCUUAAGGCCGUAGGGUCUACGUGCGUACCUACGCCGUAGGCUAUGCACGUAGCCAUGCAUUUAUACUUGUGUGUCCGUCAUUCUGCAAUUACACCUCCAAACGCUAGUCGGCAGUAGCGCUACAGCGUCC